CAUUAAAUGACCUUUGUAGGUCAAAUGUUUCUGCAUGUUAAAUCGUCAGAGAUAAAGAACUUAGUCGCCACAGUUACCAGUCGUUCCUCUGUCAGAGACAUCGUGUGAAGUAUUUGUCGCUUUCUCCAGGAAGGCUUCAUUCAGUUCUGCAGAAAUGCGACUGGCGUUAUCAUUCCUGAUCUUGUGUCCAUUGCUAUAUGUUGUGCAUGGAGCAACAAACGAUGAUGUUCAACUCCUUCAUCAGCUACAAGUGCAGUUUAAGCAGUUUCAGUCUUCCGUAAAACAAACAGUUAGUGGUCUGGCAAGACAGAUGAUGCUUCAGCAGUUGUUUGUAGAAGAAAGAGUUCGUUCAGAUGGUAGUUCCGGUGUAAAACAAAUCCGGAACAAUGGCGGAGGAUCAAGACCUUAUCACUAUAAUACGUAUUCAAGUCACGCAUUUCUCUCCAUACACGAGCAUUCCAAUUACGACAGAACCGUCGGCUUGGGAGAAUUUAUAGGAGUAUUAAAUGGCGUCGAAUUCCGUACCAGGCAUAACGACUUCAAACUCCGAAUGCCCUCGACUACUAAAUCAGAUUACCAUGCAAUGGAAGAUAUACCAUUUCCAGAAGUUCCACCAUCAGUUCGCAGCAAAACGACUGUUCUUGAACAAGUUGCAGAAAUGCAACAGUAUUUCAAGGCUUUCCGUGAUCAGAAUCCUAAACUAAGAAAUUAUUCCCCCUACUUUAAACCAGUUUUAUGCUAUUUGGAAGGUGGAUGGACAACAGACACUAAAAAACUUGAUGAGCCAUUCCAUAGCGAUAGACAUUUUAUCGAUGCAUCAAGCUGGUUUGACCUGCAACAGAAGAUACAGUACAUGUCUUCUACAGGAGGGAAGAAUCAAUUCGAAAACCUUUCCUACCUUCCAACAACCAUUGUAAAUGUAACGGAUGACGGCGAACCCGUUUAUGCGCAAUGGAACUACAGAAUAUUAUGCCACCCUAUUAAACAUGACCUGAAACUUGCAGACUUAAAACCAGUCGAUGACUUAUCGUCAAGAAUGGGUUACUACAGUAAUAGGAACUACAGUUACUACACAAGACACAGCAAGCAAGUUCGAUUCACUGUAGCCCCAAGCAGGGGAAGAGACUAUCAUGCUGAUGAUGGUUUUGGCUCCUAUGACGACCGUCGUUAUACUUUCGGUACAAUGGAUGCAAUCAUGAAUGAAAUUCCAGGUGUGGACAACUAUCCCGGGCAUCUGACUGAUAAUUCAUUCGGGCUUCUCAAACACAGGAUUGAUGUUAAAAAUGCAACCGUGCUGAACACUGCUCGAUACCAUCGCCAUUAUAAAGUAAAUCGAAAAGGCGCUAUGGGUCUCACCGUGCGAAACAGAGGAUAUUCCGACACUUCCCUUUGGGUGGCUCAAACAAAGAAUCCAAAAAUCGCAAAAUUCAAUGUAAAGGAUUGCCAGCGAAAUCAAAGGACACACAAGAUGGAUUGCAUUAAUUAUGAAGCAAGAACUACGUAUGCCGUGCCACUCGAGAUCAUCUGGCUAACUCCACUCAGUAGCUGGAAUCCGUAUAACCUUCGACUGCUCUCGAAAGAUUACAGACAAUUUCAUACAGUUACAGAUGGUGGCAGGAACGGUGAUUUAUCUAAAGCAAAAGCAUUUAAUGGAACAUCAUUACAGAAUUAUUACCUGACACCAGCUGAGUUCUUCCACGGUGGUGAAGCAAACAGAGAUCCAGCAGAUACAGCUAGGGAUACCGUUGGCGUCCUUGAUCAACACGGAGAGGUUAAACGUGUAACAGCUUCUGGAAUCAGAAUUUUCACACCAGAUAUUCCAGGUGUUGGGAAAUUACGAAUCAGAUACCCAAUUGCUCCUUUGCAUCAGGAAGGUAGUGCCGCGUGGAAAAACUUGGCUGCCAUAGAGGACAUGAUGAUGGAUAUGAAUAAAUACAGCAAGGUGUUCGAGCACAAGCCGCAAAUCAAAGAUCUCAAUGUACACGAGGACGCGCACUACAAGACAUCUACGACCCACUCGAACCCACCUGGCAUGCACUAUCAUGAUAUCUAUCUAACAGCCGAAGAAGUGAAAGCCUUACACAACAAUCAGACCAUUGUUAGCGUUUACACAACAGAAAACAACGGGCACCAGCACGAGCUAGAGCUCAAACGUGAUCCUCAUCGACACGAUCUCAACCGUCUACAUAUCGUGUCCUGUGAUGGAAACACCCAUUGUUGGGAUCACCAUAACAACAACGCUUAUAUUGUACGUACCUGAAAUGAUACUGUAACAAUUACGAUUACAAUAACAUUAUACAUAGCAAAAUA